AUGUUCAACGCGAUCAAAGCCGCCGCCGACCUCGCUGCUGCCGCGCAGCCCCCCGUCUCGCCUCCUGACGCCGAAGCCGCACCCUCCAAGACGGUGCCGGCCGGUCUGACUCGCGUCAGAUUCACGAUCCACACCAUCGACAUCCACGUCUCGGACCACAAAAGCAAGCUCGACCUGCCAACCGCGGCGGACAUGGGCACCGUCGUCACCGAAGACGCAUUCACGGGCGGCGUAGAGGGCCGCGGCGCAGCGGCAUUCAUCAUCCUCUUCCUCGCGCACUCGGCGCAAAUGGACGGCCAGCUCGCGUUCACGGGCGCGAUCGACGGGCGGCGCGGGAGCGUCGUCUUCCGCGUCACGGGGAGCUGCUUCUCCAGCAUCAAUGUGCGCCUCAAGAUCAUCCCGGAGAGCGCGACUGGCGAGCUGCGCGGGAUCCAUGGGGGCGGGUGGUAUGCCUCUGACUCGCCGGGGAAUGGGGGGGCCGAGGGCGAGCUUGAGGUCGAGUAUGUGUGA